AUGCCGGAAGAGGGAUCCGUCGGAUCCAGCGGCCCGGAAAACGUCGACGCCACCCAACUGGAUGGUUUAAAUCCGGCCGAAAGCUCGCGUGAGGGCGGGUCCGAUGGGCACAACGCGCGCGCGCGUUGCCGCCUUGGAGGCGCAUCGGAAGUUCCUUUCGCCGGCGAUCCCUCCUCUUGCGGGGUCGCUGGCCGGCCAAACCGCGGCUCCUCCGUCGACACCACCCCUUCCUCGAGUUCGAUCCAGGCCGCGCCUGAGAGCGCGUCCGAUGCCACCACGCGAACUCCCCCGUCCAGCCUCACGCGGGGGUCUGAGAUUCCCGCGAAUUCGCGAACUCCGACGGCGAGCAGCGCCUUGACGAGGAUUCCUCCCAACGAGUCCCCUAACGACACCAUCGAUGGGAAUCCUGUGCGGGAUGGGUUGAUGCAACAUCGAGGGGUGGAAACGGCUACAAAAGUGAGAAGCUCGCCGUGUGGGAAGGAAUCCGACGGAAGGAACACACCGACUGAUGGCGACGAUGAGGCCGAUGCGAAGAAAAGCAUCACGCUGCUUCAAUACCAACCCCACCAGCUGCUCUCCUCCUCGGCCUCCUGCGACGCCGCCGCUUCGAAUUGGAGAAAGGAGGAUUCCAGCGUUAGCGAUGAUCGCCCCUUCCUCGUGGGGGAGGCCCCUGAGAAGGAAACAAGGGUGUUUCCUCGUGGUUUUCCCUCCUUGGGGAACCCCACCGCGGGAGUUUCCUCGAAGCCGACAUCCCCUUCCUCUCGAAGCACCACCACGGUGAUGAAGUGGCAACCCCAGCCUGAGAGCGUUAUCCCGGCGACGAGAGCGUCGCCUCGACAGGUGCGCGCGAUCUCGCGUGUGGAUUUUUGCGCGAAGGCGGCGGGAAACCCGCCGAGGGCGGGGGAAACGUCGCCAUCUAGAACCUCUACGCAGCCGCAAAGUAUUCGUUUAGCGCUGCCGGAGUUCGCCGCGCCAUCGCAGUCGACAAGUUCCCUCACCAAUCCGAGCGAUUCGGCCAGGAAAGGCGGCGAGGAGCGGGUUCCGCUGAGGACCUCUUUGUUUUCCUUAAAGGAAGUGGGUAUGAGUGAGAUGAAGAUGGCGGGGGAAAAAUCGGUCGCCAAGUUUAACCUUCCACCUUUUCCCCCUCCGUCGUCGUCGUUGUCGACUUUGGUGCGUUUUGCCGCUCCGAAUAGCGCCCGUCAACCUGAGCGCGCGGCUCCACCGCAGGAAGGUUUAACGACGAAUGGAAGUACUAGUCAGAUAUCAUCAGCAGAGGAAGAAAUACAGCAGCUCCUUGGCAAAAUACGGAAGGAGCAGGAGAAAUAUCAUGCAGAAAAUAAAGCGUAUUAUCACUCGGAGUGUGUGAUGCACCCAACACCAGAUAAGAUUUCCGAGAAACAAACCACCGCCGCCAUUUCCCCAACUCAGAUCGAUAAGGAUCUCUUGCCGUCGUACCCACCCUUACAGUAUCUUUUAAAUCAAUCCGCCGGAUUGGAGUGGGAGGAACGGCUAAAACGACUGCAAAACAAGGAAAGAACGCGAUAUCACCCAGAAGUAACCACAAGAAAGAUAACGUCUGCGGUGGAUUGCCAUGAUGUCAACAACGGGGAUGAAAAGGCCCCGUUGGUGCGAUUAAAUACAACUUUUCUAAAGGAGAUAUUAGGUAUAUGCGGCCGCACUCUUUCUCACGCAGAGGACGACGCUGAGGAAGGGUUUCGUUGUGAGGGGAACCCUGCCAUGGCGGAGGUGACAUCAGGGGAGAGCUCCACAACCCAAAAAGAGAGAAAAGAAAAUAAGGAGAACAAUGAAGAGAAGGCGUUACGGCGAAAAUGGAGCGCGGCGAGGCGCUUGACGUCGGUGAUGCGUGCGCUUUCGUUUCAACCGUGUGAUCACGCACAACGGGGUUGGUUGGCAGCGGAUCCUCUUUUAUGGAGAGGAAGCAGCGCGUGGGGCAUCGAGGAAGAAUCAUCCCUGAUGGCGGCGGAAAACAGCGGUGACGCCGUUAGCAACGCAUCGAAAGCCUCAUUAAUCGACGGUGAGGGACGGUCCACAGCGGAUAAAACAACGAACGCGAGAAUUCAGCAGAUAUUAUACCCAAUGCGCUCCGUUUUGCCCUGCACGUCAGUCGUAUUAUCGGAGAAAGGCAAGAUAGGGGUCAGCCGCUUUCCAAACAGCUCCGCGACGGAUAUCAGCAAGGUGGGGAACUCCAGCCGAGCGAAUCUCGACGAUAAGGCUCUGUUGACGUCAUUUUGUAGCGCAGCGGACGAGGGCAAUGGCGGCGAUCAUUCAAAUCCGGAAUCGAUCUCUCGGCAGCAAGACGACCUCGCCCUAACGAGUACAAAUAUGGAUGCGAUGGUGCAGUGGGCAUACGCGUCGUUGACAGAAAGCAAGAAGGAGUGUUUGAACGAGGUGUUAAAGCGGCUUGAUGAGUAA